AUAUUGUCGUUUAAAAGGGAGCUUCAUCGAUCUGCUUGAUUAUUCUUUUCUUCUUUUUCCACUUCGAAGAAUGUCAGAAACAGAAGCAUUGCUGCUGAUGGUAUGCUUCUUACUUGCUCACGCAGCAGCAGAUCUCAAUGAGGAGAUGAGAGAUUUUCUCCGAGACGUGAAUCCUCCGUUUGUCACAAAUCAUACGUUAUCAAAUGGAGACAUCAUCCUCUGCGUCCCAAUUAAAAAUCAACUGUCUCUAAGAAACCAGACACUGCAGCUUCUGCCUCCUCAAAUGAUGAGCAAACAAGAGCACAAUCGAUCAGAAAAUUCCGGUCAGCUGUUUGGUUUAGAAGUUGGAUCGUGCAAGGAAAACACAAUACCGGUGUUGCACACUUCGAAUACCAUAGCCGCAAGAUUUGAUUCUGUGAGGAAGCUAACCAAAAAACAUUCCUCUGGAAAAAAUCGAGUGCCAUUGGCUGAUGAAGAACCUGGCGUAGAAACUCACGAGCAUGGCUACAACCAGUUGAACGGCAACUUCCGAGGGAUGGAAACAACUAUAAAUGUUUGGGAGCCAUACGUGGAAAAAACUUCCGAGUUCAGUCUGGCACAGUUAUGGAUCAUCUCAAAAAAAUUAGGCCCAUUGAACACAAUUGAAGCUGGAUGGCAGAUUUAUCCUAAAUUCUAUGGAGGAACAGGACCUCGACUCUUUGUCUACUGGACGGCUGAUGGCUACGAUAAAACUGGCUGUUAUAACCUGCGAUGCCAAGGCUUUGUACAAACAAGCAACAAGUACGUACUAGGAGGAUCAUUUUCGAGCGUAUCCACUCCAGACUCUACACAAUAUGAGAAAACCUUACGUGUUUUCCAGGACGAUAGCUCAAAGAAUUGGUGGCUACAAAUUGACGGGGAAAGUAUUGGAUACUGGCCUGCAAGCCUUUUUCAAUCUCUACAGAAUGGUGCUGAGACAUUGGAAGCUGGCGGUGAAGUCUGUUAUGAUAAAGAAAGUGGAGUAAGACACACAAAGACUGGUAUGGGAAGUGGAGAAUUUCCAUCCCAGGGAUAUCUUAAAGCUGCAUACCAGAGAAGAAUACAGUACCUGGAUUCCAAUGGAGUAAUGCAGCCAGCAAUUGGGAUGAAAAGUGGAGCUGAAGUACCUAAAUGCUACACUGCUACUAGUGUUGCUGCUGACAAGGGAGAUGACUGGGGUGCAUAUUUCUUCUUUGGAGGCCCUGGAUAUAGCAACAAGUGCCCAUAAACCUUGCAAAAGGCAAAAAAGUGUAUAAGCUGAAAUAAAAAAAAUUAUGAGAUCCAUACUC